AUGCCGCCCGCGCCGCCGCGCGACGCCAGCUUCACGCUGCUGGCCCGCGAGCCCGCGCGCCCGCCGCCGCACGUGCACGUGGUGCAGCCGCUGCAGCGCGCGCCGCCCGAGCCCGCGCACUCGCUGCUCGACCCCAAGUUCUCGCGCGCGCUCGACUUCAAGCUGCGCCGCCUCAAGGAGAAGGAGCUCCUGCAGGCCAACCUCCGCCGACCCACGCGACACCGCUCCAACAACGGCGUCCUCGCAGCCUCCAACCCCAACAUCAGCCAGCGGGAGCGAGCGCUGCCCAAGAUGUUGAGCCAAUCGCAUCCGCGGAUCAAUAUCAUGGAGCCAGAUAGCGACAAGAAGAUUUCACCUAAAAUGGACAAGUCGCCGUCGCCGGGGCGCAAGGUUAGGUCCCGGAACGCGCCAUCCACGGACGGAGACAAGCCCCGGUUCGUGACCACGGUGAAGAGCGGGCAGUUCCUGCUGCCGCCGCCGGAGGUGGCUCGGAUACUCGGCCUGGAAGCGCUGUACCCCACCCAGGAGAGAGACAAGAUAGUGUUCUCAUACUCGAGCAAGCCGAAGGCGGUGGCUCCGCGGACGAAGCGGGCGCUGGAGGAGCAGGCGCCGGGCAGCCCGGCGAGCAGGCGGCGCGUCGGCGAGCUGUUCCGCGGCGUGCGGGCGCUGGCGGCGGGCGCGGCGGGGCUGUCGGCGGGUUCGCUCGCCGGCAGCACCGCGGCGGCGCCCUACGCCAACGUGAUGUUCGAGAAGCGCGUGGUGCGCGGCAGCACCGUGACCGCGCACCCGCACGCCGCGGGCGACGGCAUCGAGAGCGCGGCGGCGCGGGCGGCGCGCACGCGGCGACGCGCGCUGGCGCGGCGGGCGGCGGCCGCGCGCCUGCGCCCCGGCACGCCGCCGCCCGCGCCCGGCCGCCGCCACCACCCCAUACAGACCGAGUACUACCUCGAGGAGCUGUUCGACAAGGGCGUGGAGAUGGAGGUGGGCGUGCAGACGGACCUGUUCGUGGACCGCCCCGCCACGCCCGUCUACGUGCCCGCCAAGACCGGCGCCGACGCCUUCACGCAGAUCUACCCUGGAGACCUGUUCGACUUCGACCUGGAAGUGCAGCCGGUGCUGGAGGUACUCGUGGGCAAGACGACGGAGCAGGCGCUGGCCGAGGUGGCGCAGGAGGAGGAGCUGGCCACGCUGCGCGAGCAGCAGCGGCGCUACUGCGAGCUGCGCGACGCCGAGCUGGCGGAGCGGCAGCGGCUGGCGGCGCACGAUUUGCGCCUGCACCAGGAGAAGGAGCGACGCGUGGCGGAGGCGCGCGCGGCGCAGGAGGCGGCCACCGAGGCGCGCGAGCGGGCCGCCGCCGCCGUGCUGGUGCAGGGCUACGUGGCCGAGCUACUGCCCUCCGUGCUGGCCGGCCUGCGCGACCAGGGCUACCUCAUGGAGCGCAUCGAGCGCGGUAUCGACGAGGAGUUCAUGCCAUGGCUAGUGGACGAGGUGUCGAAAGAAAUCGAAUCUAUCAUCACGAGUCGAGACGUGAUUAUAGAGAUCGUGCGCGACGUGGUGGAGGCGCGCGCCGAGCUGUACCGCGCGGCCGGCGAGCGCGCCGCCGACGCCGCCGCCGCCGACGACUCGCCCUCGCCCGGCGACCUGCCCACGCCCGAGCACGAGGAGGAGCGUGAGUAG